AUGGUUAUGAUCUCGUCCAAAACCUUCAUCCAGGUGCACGCGGUGCUCCUGGUUGUGAUCGCCGGCUAUCUGAUCAAAAGUCCGGAGCUCAUUACCGAUUCCGACAUGGUGUUCAUGAUGGGAGAAGCCUUGAAAAUCGACUUCCCUACCGCGACAAACCCGCUCCAGUCUCCCUUUGUCUACUGCGCCAUUCUGCUAUUCGGUGAAGCUCUCGUUGAUCUCGUCCUCUUGUCCACCAUCCCCUUCCACGAAGCUUUGGACGAAGCUCUGCCCUAUAUCCGACCUCUCCGAAACGGUAAUCUCCCAGCAGAGGACCUCCAGAUUCUCGCCAAGCUGCCCGAGUACAUCACGAAGUCUCUGACAAUUUACUGGAAUGUCUGGACUGCCAUUGCCGGGUUCCGAUUCGCCGCCUACGGCGCUCUCUCGCUCUACAUCUACCAAAGCCAGGGCGCAUACUAUACCGCUGCAGCUGCAGUUACUGGCCUGAACCGACUGAAGCACCGCGUGGUCUUCAUGUAUGCGUUCAUGGAGAUGAUGACUUGGUUCUGGGCAUUCUCGACCCUUCGUCAGGAGCGACAGGAGAGAUUGACCAAGCUGCUGGAGGAUGCUCGUGAAGGUUAA